AGAUUUUAACUCCUUUCCCGUGUGAAAUUGAAUAAUUGCAAUGCCGGGUAGAGUGAAACGAUCAGCGCCAGAACCCGAAUCUGAAUCGGAACUCUCGGACGAUUUCGAAAGCGAGAGUGAUGAAGACGAGCCGAAUAACAAACGCGCCCGUGUGUCGCGAGGCUCGAAGAAGAAGCCGAAUCAACAAGAAUCUGAGCCGACGUCUGUUGUUGUUGAAGGGAAAGUUCGACACGGAAUAAUCUUCGGAAAGUUGAAACUCACUACAUCUCGCACCCCGAACGGGUGUCUACAAGAAGCUCAACGCCAGCGUUUGCUGAGUCUCGGAAACUACUUGAAAUUUUUGGAUGAUCCUCUCGCGAAUAGUGAUUCUCAGGAAUUGCAUCGUCACAGUAUUGAUUUCCGUCAUCCGCCGUCCAGCUUCUUACAAGCGUGUGACCGCCUUCGUCUUGGGGUUCUGGACAAAGAAUGGUUUCGUUCUCACGGAAAAACGGAUGAGCUGUUGAAGACGGAAUUGGACCAGAUCGACGCUCACCGCAGCACCAGUAGCAUUAUGCCGAACAUGCGUGUCACUGCCAUUGAUUGGCAUCCUGCAGCCCCACGUAUAGCCAUUUUGGGCGACAAACAUGGAGAACUCAUUGCUUGGGAUGCUUUGGACCAAUCGAAAUUGAACCACCGCUUUGCCGGGUGCGGUGCGGGAGAUGCCAUUUACGGAUUGAAGCACGACCCCGGCGACUUGAAUGGGCUCACAAGUCUGAGCAUGACAACCCCGCCUCCUCAAGAUUUACAUUUCUACGCUGGAGGCGUAUCUGGAACAGUGACCAGACUCAAGCUAACGAACUCUGGAAUGCAUUCAACUCAGACGCUCUACUCGACAUGCGACCCACAUGUGGUCUGGAUCACGUGUCUGGAUGUUCACCGCGAUGGCAGCUUCGUGUGGGCAGGGAAUAACAAAGGCGAACUGAUCCGCCUAGAUCAUCGAGCUCCGCGUGAACAUUCGGACUACAAGCUCCACAAAUCGAAGAUAUCUUGCGUUGAAACAUCGCUCAGGAAUCCUUGGAUGCUGGCGACGGGUGGGCUCGAUUCGGUGGUCAAGAUCUGGGAUAUUCGUUCAAUGAAGGACGGAGGAAAGCCAAAUUCGACGCUUUACACGCUACAACACGAUAAGGCGUUGGCAGGACUAUCUUUCAGUCGGAUGGAUGGAAAUCGCUUGCUGACGACUGACCAGCACAGUCAGUUGCGAGUGUACUCAGCCGACUCUUUUGGUCUUGAGCGCAUCAUUCCACAUCCUCAUCGUACCUUCCAACAC